ACAAAAUAUCUCUAGAUUGAAUCUUAGAAUUGACUUAAGUCUCUUGUGGCAAUUUUGAAAUGAAAAAAUACAUGCUCAUAAUUAAAUUACCUGAACAUUUAAAAAAACCAUCAUGAGGUUCAAAUAUCAAAUAUUCGUAAAUAUUGUUGUGAUGAUAGACAUGACUCUUAUUUUUUCCCUUAAUAAUGAUUGAAUGUUUAUAUAUCCUCCAUUCUGUCUCACUCUAUGAUUAGUACAUUAUAGUGGCAAUAAUCUUAGGAAUCUAACAGAGAAAAAUGUUGCAUUUGAAGACUACAGACUGCAAACCAAUUUGAGCCAGGUUCCUUGACAUGUCGUGCUAUUAUUAUAGUACUUUACAUAUAGUAAACAUUAAUUACAUAUAUGUGUAAGGAAGCAAGAAAAGAAGAAAGUAUUUCAUUCAAACUCCUCUCUCUCCAUCACCAUUGGCUAAUAUCAUCAUUUGUAUAGUUAAGAACAACACAGGCACUCACCACAUAGUUUUUGAAUAAAUGAAUGAAUGGCAACCCUUCUAAGACUAUUGGAUACACUGUUGUUUGAAGGCAAAGAGAUAGAGUAGAUAUCUUCAACUUUUUUCCUGUCUUAUGAUUCUGUGGUUUCUAUGACUACUAAAAGUUAGCUAGGUAGAAAAUUUGUUUUAAAGUCUGAAAACCAAAAUGCUUUCAGAUAAAAGGCAGGGAGAAAAAUAGUCUUCAACAUGUCCACUUUAGCACCAGGAAAACCUAAUAUCAAUAUCACUAUCAAUGAUAUCAUAUAAAUAUCAUUACAUUGAUGAGCAAUGUCAAUCCCUAAAAACUAUGUAUACCAAUAGCACUAACUUGUGGCCAGAACAAGAACCUUAACUGUGCCAAAUUUUAUUCUAUUCAAUAGCAGCUGCCUCGUUUUCAGUUGUGCACAUCUGAAUGCAAGCAAUCCCUGUCUGAUGUGGAGUUUCUUGCACUGAUAAGGAAAAACUGCUGAAGUUGUGAGGCUGCUCCAGGCAGAGUCAUCAUCUAACAGACCUAAAAGAAGCAUCAUGUUCCAUGACUUCAUUUCACCCCAGGAGACGUCAGGAUGUCCGUGCCCAGAAGUUCAAGAGUAAAAGGCCACGGAGUAACAGUGAUUCUUUUCAGGAAGAGGAUCUGAGGCAGAGUUUUCAGUGGCAGAGGAAGAGCCUCCCAUUUGGAGCAGCCUCAUCUUACUUGAACUUGGAGAAGCUGGGUGAAGGCUCUUAUGCUACAGUUUACAAGGGGAUUAGCAGAAUAAAUGGACAACUAGUGGCUUUAAAAGUCAUCAGCAUGAAUGCAGAAGAAGGAGUCCCAUUUACAGCUAUCCGAGAAGCUUCUCUCCUGAAGGGUUUGAAACAUGCCAAUAUUGUGCUUCUGCAUGACAUAAUCCACACCAAAGAGACACUGACAUUCGUUUUUGAAUACAUGCACACAGACCUGGCCCAGUAUAUGUCUCAGCAUCCAGGAGGGCUUCAUCCUCACAAUGUCAGACUUUUCAUGUUUCAACUUUUGCGGGGCCUGGCGUACAUCCACCACCAACACGUUCUUCACAGGGACCUGAAACCUCAGAACUUACUCAUCAGUCACCUGGGAGAGCUCAAACUGGCUGAUUUUGGUCUUGCGCGGGCCAAGUCCAUUCCCAGCCAGACAUACUCUUCAGAAGUCGUGACCCUCUGGUACCGGCCCCCCGAUGCUUUGCUGGGAGCCACUGAAUAUUCCUCUGAGCUGGACAUAUGGGGUGCAGGCUGCAUCUUUAUUGAAAUGUUCCAGGGUCAACCUUUGUUUCCUGGGGUUUCCAACAUCCUUGAACAGCUGGAGAAAAUCUGGGAGGUGCUGGGAGUUCCUACAGAGGAUACUUGGCCGGGAGUCUCCAAGCUACCUAACUACAAUCCAGAAUGGUUCCCGCUACCUACGCCUCGAAGCCUUCACGUUGUCUGGAACAGGCUGGGCAGGGUUCCUGAAGCUGAAGACCUGGCCUCCCAGAUGCUGAAAGGCUUUCCCAGAGACCGCGUCUCCGCCCAGGAAGCACUCGGUCACGAUUAUUUCAGCGCCCUGCCAUCUCAGCUGUACCAGCUUCCCGAUGAGGAGUCUUUGUUUACAGUUUCAGGAGUGAGGCUCAAGCCAGAAAUGUGUGACCUUUUGGCCUCCUACCAGAAAGGUCACCACCCAGCCCAGUUUAGCAAACGCUGAUGAAAAGAAAGGGCGAGAUCACCAAGGUUCUUCCAGGGCUGUAUUUCUGCAGUUUUGAUUUUCAUUUGCUUCAGCCUACUAAGAAGUUUCAAAUAUAACUCCAUACUGAACAAGGGGUUUUAUGCCCUCGCCUAUGACCUGGAAUAGUUUAAAUAUGAUGUUCGAGGCAACAGUACAUAAUACUGGAGGAAAACGCAAUGGAAGGUUAUUGCUAUUGUCAUUUGCCUAGAAUUUAAGUGAUUGAUUUUAAAAAAUUAGACAUAAACUAAGAUAGUCUGAGAAGAGGACUUCUGAAUAAUUUCAUUCAUUUGCCAUUUGAUAAGAGAUUCCUGGGCUAGAAGGUUGAUUUCCCAAAAAGACAGAUAAGAGACUGAUAAUGUGACAAGAAUCUGGAGACAGAGCUGGUGCUUACAGAGACCUGCCACUCCUGUGUUCGCUUACAGCGUCUCCCAACAAAAGGAUUUCUGUGGCAAAGAGAAAACUAGUCUAAAGUUUAGAAAAGUCUCCAGGGAAGACGGUUUCUUGGAUAACAUUGUCAACAACAGGACUUCCUGAGGACUAUUUAUUAUUAUUUCAUAGGGGGCACUUCCUCACUCACUAAAGUGGAUUAUCAGAGCAUACUACCACCCAACCCAUAUUUUAGGAGUUUGGAUUUGGCUGCUGAUUAGAAUUGAAUUUCAGGCUAUCUCCUCCUACUGAAUCUCAAUUGUCUGUGAUGAUGGCAACAGUGAUGGGGAAUCUAAGCACUGGUUUGAUGGUGGAGAUAUUGAAUAAAUAGAUGGGAGCAGAGUUCCAAAGAUAGAAUUUAAGCCCUGUUGUACCACCACCACCACACACACACACACACACACACACACACACACACACACACACACACACCCCUCAAGUAAAAUGAGAGAUCUGUCUUAGCUAACAUGUGUGCCGUUUUAUACAAUGACUCCUUCUAAAAGAAGCCAGGGAAACUCAAAUCACUUCUGUCUAUGGAUCAUCUCAGGAAAUGUAGUAGCCUAGAAACCAGAGACCUCUGUAUAUUCUUUGGAAGAACAAGGAGGAACUAAUUAAGAGAGAAUUAAAAAAUAGUAACGAUCCCCCAACGUCUGAGAUGGGAAAAGGAAAAAGACACAUGGGUAGCCCAAAUCAACCUGCCUGAGUAAGUAUUUGAUUUUAGUAAGGCAUUUGACAAAGCCUGUCCAACUGUACCUGAAAGAUGAAACAGUGUGGGUUGGGUGAUGGAGCAGAUAUAUGUACUCAAAUCAUGGUAGUUAUUUAACCCAGAGAAAGGCCAGCUGUGGCGUGCUACAACGUUCUGUCUUGAGUCCUAUUCUGGUCAAAUAUUUUUAUUAAUUACUUGAAUAAAUUAGAGUACUUGGACAACUUAUUCAUACAACUGCUUAGAGUAAGUACUAUUAUUAUUAAUUUAUGACUUCCAUUUCACAAAAGGCGAGACUGAGGCUCAGUGAAGUUAAAUAACUCCUUCAUAGUAGCAUGCCAGACUUAAGAUGCAAACCUCAGACCUGGCUCUCCAAUGUUCCUGAUACCUGUCAAAUUUAGAGAAUAUAUAACUCUUGCAGAGGUAGCUGCUAUUUAGUAUUGGAUCACGAUUCAAAAGACACCUUGCUAGAAGCCAAUGAACAGCAGGCCAAAACAACGCUUAUUUCCAUCAAAUUUCAUCUGACUUAAAUUCUUACACUUUGGGCUACAACUUAAAAAAGGCUGUGACUUAGUGGAAAUUGGCACUUUUAAGUACAAUAUGAAUUAAUAGUAUAAUUUCACUGUCCCCCAAAGAUAAUGCUAGUACCAAUUGAAAGCUCAGGGAUGCUACCGUUGACGCAUCAGCAAGAGUUCUUGAGCAGCUUCACCUGUCCAUCAGUACACUGAGUUCCCACAACAGUAGUGGGAUUCCUCUGCCUCCCUGAAGAUAUGAGAGCUGUAGGAGGGAUUCCCAUGUUGGAGGUUAGAACAGCUGACCUCCAGUGUCCCAUCUAAUUCCAAGAUUCUCCAAUAAUGAGUUUGGAACAGCUGUGGACAGACUAUACUUGGAAUUAUGGUUAGAUACUAUUGCUGCAGGAAUGGAUAGACAAAUUUGGUUUUUUAAAAAUUGAUUUUAUUACGUGGAAGUUGACAGAAUUAUCCUCUUUAUAAUGGAAGAUACAUUAUGCUUAUGCAUAUGCAUAUAUAUUAUGCAUAUGAUUAUGCUUGUGCUUCCUUCUUUAAUGGAUUUACCUAUUCAAAAGCUUAAUAAAAAGUAUAAGACUCUAAAA